AUGAUUUCCCGUCAAAGACAAUAUCAUCCGCGUUCCAAUCUACUUCUAGAGAAUUUGGCAAAUUCUUUGCUUUCUCUCUUUUCUCUUUUUCUUUUUUUACGUCUUUUUUUUUUUCUUUCUUUUUUAUCUUUUAAAGUAUUAUUCCUCGCGCGAUGGCCAAAUUCGUUUAACGUCUUUGUUUCUCUUCUCUCGUUCUCUCUCUCUCUCUCUCUCUCUCUCUCUCUCUCUUUUAUCAUUGUUUUUCUCAUUCUCAAUAUCUUUUGUCUCUUCAUUCCUCUAUUCCUUCUUUUUUUUCUUAUUUUUCUUUUCUUUCUGGCAUAUUUAUCUUUCUUCACCUUCAUUCCCCAAAUUUUUUCUUUUUCUUUUCUAUUAAUCUUUAUUUUUCAUCUUUUUCUUUUCGUUAUUUGUCUUUCUUUUCUUUUCUUUUCUUUUCUUUCUUUCUUUCUUUUUUUUCCCUUUUUACUUUUGCUUUCUUUUCUUUUUCAUUUUUUCUCUUUUCCAUCUUUUGUUAAUCUUAUUUUUCCUCACCCUUUCUUUUUCUCUUUUAUUUUCACUCUUUUCUUUUUCUUUUUCUCUUUUAUUUUCACUCUUUUCUUUUUCUUUUUCUCUUUUAUUUUCACUCUUUUCUUUUUCUCUUUUAUUUUCACUCUUUUCUUUUUCUUUUUCUCUUUUAUUUUCACUCUUUUCUUUUUCUUUUUCUUUUUCUCUUUUAUUUUCACUCUUUUCUUUUUCUUUUUCUCUUUUAUUUUCACUCUUUUCUUUUUCUUUUUCAUUCUUUUUAACUCAACUCUUUUUUCCGUUUUUAAUUUUUCUCUUUUUAUUUUUUUUCAUAAAGUUUCUUUUUUCUUUCUGUUUCCUUUUCUUAUUUCAUUCGCUUCUUUUUUAGUUUUUCCUUUUUCUAAUUUUUUUCUUCUUUAUUCCUUUCUUCAUUUUUUCUCUUUCCGUUUCUUUUUCCCUUUUCCUUUUAUUUUCUUUUUCCCCUUUUCGUUCAUUUUCAGAUUUCAUAUUUUCUUUCUUUUUCUUUUUCUCUCUCUUUUUCUCUUUCUUUUUCAUUUUCUUUUAGUUUUCUUUUACUCUUUCUUUCACUAA